AUGAUUGAGCAUGCGGGACUAAGCAAGCGCUACCGGGGCGAAUCAGUGUCAACGGCAGCGUUCCUACGCAAUCGAUGUCCAACGCAAGCAAUUGGCCAUGAAAAGUCCCCGCACGAGGUAUGGACGAAGACGAAGCCGUUGUUGAAAAAUUUGAAAGUCUUUGGAUGUCACGCAUACGUGCAUGUGCCGAAAGAGAAGAGGUCGAAGCUUGAUGCGCGAUCGACGUUGUGUCGCUUCUUGGGCUACUCAGACCACGAAAAGGCGUACCGGUUUGAAGAGAUAUCAAGCAGUCGCAUUCUAGUGAGUCGCGACGCCCAAUUUAUGGAAGACACGUUCGACAGCGGGAAGUACAUGCAAAAAAGUGGCAUCGACCCUAUCGAGUAUCAUAACACUGAUGAAGGCUUCAACGACCGUGACAACGGGGUUGCCAAUGAAGACAUGGAUGCGCAUAUGCCCGAAUCAGCAUCGAUCCAUGAGCGGCCACAAUGGCAACAAAUGCGGCGUUCAAGUUAUCAACCGCAGUAUAUGCAGCAUCAGACAGACGAGUUUCUACCGGGGUCGAAAAGACAUGUACGCACACAGUCAGUAGAAGCUUUGUCAGAGCCACCAGUGCAAAAACGCUAUGAACGCGGGGCUAGUACAAGUGGUGUGCACACAUCGUCAGUGCAAGGUACUGCGUCACCACUCGAAGCCAUGUCGGCGCUUCUUGCAUCUAUUGAUGAAGAAGAAGAAGAAGAACAUGAAGAAUACUGUGCUAAAGUCGUGGAUUCAGUGGGAGAAGUGCCGAUGACUUUCUCAUCGGCUAUGGAAUCCAGCGACGCAAGAAAGUGGCGAGAAGCUGAUCGCAAGGCGAUCAGCAGCAAGUGUGUGUUCAAGGUGAAGGAGACUAUUGAUGGACUCAUCGAGCGAUACAAAGCGCGCCUCGUGGCAAAAGGAUUUUUGCAAAAGUACGGUGUGGACUUCGAGGAGACGUUCGCAGCAGUGGCCAAGCUCGCGUCGAUCCGGAUCAUUGUGAGCCUCGCCGCGCAGCACAACCUCGUACUUCACCAGAUGGACGUCAAAACGGCGUUUCAUAACGGUACGCUUGAAGAAGAGAUCUUUAUGAAGCAGCCUGACGGAUUCGUUGAUGCCAAUCAUCCUCACCAUGUGUGCAAGCUCAAGCGUGCGUUGUACGGACUCAAGCAAUCCCCUAGUAUGUGGAACCAGACUAUUGAUGAGUUCAUGCGAAAUAUUGGCAUCACCAAGUGCGAGAUGGAUCACUGUGUCUACGCCAAGCGUGAUGACAAGAUCAUGAUGUUUGUUGUCAUAUACGUCGACGACCCUCAUCCUUCGCGUGCAACAACAUGGACAUCCUCGCAGUCACCAAACGUGCAUUGA